CGGAGAAGAGCCCGCCCUCGCCCUGCCCCGCCGCAGUCCUCAACCAGGUCGGGCCGCCGGCAAUAUAGAGAGGCGCUGGCGCCCGUUCCCGCCACACGCUGCCUGGGUGGAGCGCGGCGGGAGCAUGUCCGGCAGAGGCAAGGGCGGGAAGGGGCUCGGCAAGGGGGGCGCCAAGCGGCACCGCAAGGUGCUGCGCGACAACAUCCAGGGCAUCACCAAGCCGGCCAUCCGCCGCCUGGCUCGGCGCGGCGGCGUGAAGCGCAUCUCGGGGCUCAUCUACGAGGAGACGCGCGGCGUGCUGAAGGUCUUCCUGGAGAACGUGAUCCGUGACGCCGUCACCUACACGGAGCACGCCAAGAGGAAGACGGUCACGGCCAUGGACGUGGUCUACGCCCUCAAGCGCCAGGGACGCACCCUCUACGGCUUCGGCGGCUGAACUCGGUUCCUGGGAUAGCUUACGUUUCUAGAACACAAAGGCUCUUUUCAGAGCCGCCCAAGCUUUCAAAGGAAGAGCUUUGAUCGCU